UAGUGGUUUGUUUUUAAAUUUUUCGUUUUAAUCAAAUUAAUUGAUAGUACGUUGUUUUAUCAAUUUUUUGACGUUGUUGUCGAUAAUUCGCGAAAAUAGUAAUUUACCCCGAGGUUCAGUGGUACAAUGGACGUUUGUUUUUAAAUUUUUCGUUUUAAUUAAAUUAAUUUUCGAAAGAUGGCCAAUGUUAAUGAUUUUUCGCGGGCGUGUGAUGAAUUGUUGGAAUUCGAAGCGGGCUUCAAUAACAUGCCGUGUAGCAGCCAUUCCAUUUUUUCGCUGGAGAUCCAAAAGGAGGAACUGAAGGCGCUCUGGGUCAAGGUGAAGGAUGCGUUCGAUGACUACACGAAAAAGGUGUCGGACGACGAAACAGGUCAGGCUGCACUUCGGCUGGCGAAGGGCAGAUACCAAGAUUGCCAAUCAGCAUACUUGACGUGCGGUGCAUUGAUGGGAGAGACGGCACAUAACCUGACGUUCACGCAGCAAAGUAGUUCGACAGUCAAUCCGGUAAAUCGCGAGAUUGAACCCCCAGCCCGCUCGAGUAUCCACUUACCUCCAUGUGACACAGAAAUUUUUUACGGUGAUUACAUGUCUUGGCCAUCUUUCCGCGAUUUGUUUACCGCAAUUUACAAUAACAAUUCGCGUUUGACCCCGGUAGAGAAAUUGUACCACUUGAAUCAAAAGACCCGUGGUGAGGCGAAAGAUAUCGUGAAAAAAUCGCCUUUAACUAACGACGGUUUCGCACCUGCUUGGCAAAAUUUAUCCGACCGCUAUGAAAAUAAGAGGAUAAUGGUAAAUAGCCAAUUAAAAACUCUUUUUAACCUACCAUCGGUAAAGUGCGAACGCGGUACGGAAAUUAAAAAUUUACAACGGGCAGUUAAUAAUUGUAUAUCCGUUUUAGAAAUGUACGGGAUUGAUAUUGAGAACUGGGAUGCGAUUUUUGUGUUCUUAGUAUCGAGUCGGUUACCGGAUACUACGCUGGCGUUGUGGGAACAAGGCAUUGUGAGAAAGGCGGAAAUUCCAAAGUGGGAGGAAUUAGACAGCUUUCUCACAAGUCGGUUCCAGACGUUAGAAACGGUGUCCGAUAUCCGAAGUGCACGAGCAGUAAAGCCUGUACCUAAUCGCCAACCCGCAACGACGUACGAAAGGAAGGUGUCGGCACACCACGGUCAGUUUUCGCAGCUCGCAUGCAGAUUAUGCCCCGAACAAUCUCAUGCACUAAAGGGCUGCCCCAAAUUUCUGGCAAUGAAAGUUGAGGAUCGCCUCAACUUAGUCAGAAAACACAACUUGUGUAUGAACUGCCUAGCGCAUUCACACAUCGCGAAGGAUUGCAAGAGUCCAUUUAAUUGUUGGAGCUGUCAUCAGAGGCAUCAUUCACUACUACAUCGAACUUCAGCUCCACAGAAGGCUAACUCUUCGCAACAGCAAGUUAUGCUCCAUCAGGAGCAUACCCCAUUUCAAAGAAUUCUUUUCAGAGAAUCCCCGGACGAAGAACUUAAGGAUUACGAACUUAAGACCGUGACGUUUGGAGUAAACUGCGCUCCAUAUUUGGCAAUAAGAACGCUACACCAGCUCGCAGAUGAUGUGAAAACGAGAUUUCCAGUGGCAGCAAAGAUUUUGAAGCAGUAUAUGUAUGUCGAUGACGUCCUGGCUGGUGCCUACGAUUGCACAACUGCAAUACAAAUGCGAGAUGAGGUAAUUGCAGCUCUUAACACCGCCNAAGGAUUACGAACUUAA